AUAUACUGAACAUACAUCAUUGAUAUACACAUAUUACCGCUAUGCGUGUGCCAGAUUUUACAGUAUCAACAACUGUUAUACGUUUAUUGAGAUGGCAAGAAUUAGUUUUUCUAUAUUACUGAAGUACACAUCCCAACACCUUUCCCAAAAGCGCCAUGAAUAAUCAAAUCGAAACGGCUCAGUGCUGCUCAGACAACAUUUCUCAGGUCUCUGUCACCAUCUCUGACUUCUCAGAUGAGAUUUUACUGAAUAUCCUGCGAUUCAUUCCCAGCCAUGACCUGAUACUCAACGUAAGUCGAGUGUGCAGUAAACUCCGAACUCUCUGUCUGGACAAGAGCUUGAGAGUCCAUGUACACCUGCAUAAAGAAUACACGGCAAACGAUGAUGCUGUGAAGCAGCUCUUAAAAGUCAUUUCAGCCGACAUCCAGACGUUAAACCUCAAUGGCUGCUACUGGCUGGCCGGCUCUACAGUGGAUCAGGUCACCCGCUGUAAGUCUUUGGUCAGUUUGGACCUUUCCGGCUGCAGAUUGACAUCAGUUCGCCUCUCGCAUCUGCUGAGCUGUCUUAGCUCUCUGAAGUCUCUGGCACUGGAUGUGGGGCCGGGGUUUGAUCUCCACCAGCUGAGUGCAGAGGGUAAGUCUGCUCUGGCUCGUCUGCAGGAGCUCAAGCAGACGCUGUUGACUCCUUCCUAUGGCGUGGUUCCCUGCUGCAGUGCCCUGCGGCGCCUUCACCUCUAUCUAGAGGCCAGCGAGGUCUGGAGGGAGGCCGGCGGCUGUGCGCAGCUGAUGGUGGGCCAGAGCAGCGUGCCGCACUAUCAGAAUCUGCGCUGGUUCUCCGCUCGACUCGCACCCGGUGAAGUCAACCGUACUCUGUUGGCGCUUUACUUAGCUGUUUUCAGUAUGAGAGUUCCUGAAGGCCUUACAGGAUUGGUACUCUCUGUGCCAGGCCCUGCACCGCCACGACCAGUCGCAAUGACGGCGCUAAUGGAAAGCAUGGCGUCAACUGUGGGAAAUACUGUUAGUGCUUUGCAGCUUCCACGUACAUGGUUGGACGGUGCUAUACUUGGGCGGGUAUUAGCGCAUGGAUGUCCUGCAUACCUGAAUGUCUCCCGGUGUUCAUCUCCAGGGUUCAACCCUUUACAUGUGCUACUCAGUGCGGGACGUGACCUCACACCCCUGCGGAGCCUCAACCUGCGGGGAUGCGGUCGAGGCCCGCUCUCUGAGAGCUGUGGGAAGGGCGAUGAGGAGAUGGACACGGACAGCGUCAAAGCACUUGCUGAAUGUUGCCCACAUCUUAAUCACCUUAAUUUAUCUGCAACGCACUACCAUCAUAAUCUCUCCACGGGGCAGGAUGGACACUUGUGUGGUACUUUGGGACGCCUCACUGGCUUGUGCUCGCUUGCACUUCCGGUGUGUGCAUUAGCACAAUCUCCUCCAACUCAAAUAAACAAUCAAGACUCCAACACAGACCUCGCCUCAAGAUCACUGCUGCUCGGGCUUAAAAAGACCACCCGGAUUGGUGUGCCCACAUAUCGACCCACAUCUGAAAUCGCAGUGGGUCAGGGGGAAGAGCGGACAGACCGGGGCUUGUGCAUUCAACCACUGCUUCAAGGUUGCCCGUAUCUAGUAGAGCUGGAGCUGAUUGGUGCAGGCUUUUCCUCAGCCAUGCCCCGGAACGAGCCGGCCAUUCGCAAGGACCCCGCUGCAUGUUCCUGGUCCUACAGCGUUGGAGAUGGGGAGUUAGCUGCUUUAGGUGGGAUGAAAUUUUUGCGCAAGCUCACCCUCGCGCAUUUACCAGGAGUACUGAAGGGGACGGGACUCAUCGAACUGCUUCAGGGGUGCAAGGACCUGCAUUCCUUAUCGCUGGCAAAUCUAGGAUCUUUAAAGACCAUGAACUACACGCAGGCCCUGCUGGAGGCUCUUUCCUACUGCACACAACUCAGGGACUUAAGGCUGGAGCAGCCCUACUUUAAUGCAAACGCAGCGUUUUUCGAAGCGCUCAGUCAGUGUGGUCAGCUGCGGCGUCUGUGUUUAGUUUCUCGACACGGCACUUUCCAACCCGCCGCUGUGACGGCCUUCAUGCAGAGCUGCUCUGAUGUCAUCAUGUGCCAUAUGUUCAUGGGAGGAACGCUGGUGGCCUGUAAAACACUGCAGAAAACCCUUCUGGACAGUUUUUCAGUGUCUCGUCCAGCUCUUAGUGUGGUGAUUUACCCUUUACUGCAUGAAGACCUGGCCCAUGUGAUCAGAGGUAUGCCACUUUGCCACCUGGACGAAAUGACACUUUUUAAAAGUCGUGUUGCUGAAGAGCCCAUGAGACGGUGACUGUGGAAAUAUUUACAAAAAAAGAGAAUCAUUCUUUGGUGGAUUAACCUGGGUCAUACAUCUGUGCUGUUUUUGAGAGUGUAUUCAUAAUUGUGCAUUAUGGAAAGUCUGCUUUCUGAUGAUGAAAUAUUAGCAAACCGGUUGAAGGAUAAUAGGAAAACUUUUUUUUUUUACUUGAGAGAUCAUAUGGACUAUCAUAGCUUUCCUAAUAAGCUCAUUGUUUACCAGUAAAGAGCCAGUAUGAACAAGCUCUAUGUCAGGUUAUAAUGUCAUCUUUGGAUAUGUGCCAAAAUAAAA